UGAGUGCAUUCUUUUAGAUAGAUGUCCGUGAAUCCGUAUAUGAAGACAUGGCCAGGUAUGUGCGUUAUUGGCCUUUCACCCAAGGGAAGCACUAGCUGUCACCGAGACUGGACAGACUCUACAUAGAUCGAGGCUCCCUUUUGUGGGGACACACAGGAGACAUUACCUCAUAUCGACGAAGAGGCGUGUGAGUGACAGUGGGCUUGAGCCUUGCGAUGCGCCGGAAACCCGUUCAAGGUCCCGUGCACUCCAUGGACCAGGACUCGGUGGAAUCAUUGGAAGACGAGGACAACUUUGUUCAGCCUCACGAGGAUCAUCCGGGUAGGGCGAGAAGUGGCGGCGAGGAAGAGGAUGGCAUGGGCUCCACUGCGUCCACCAAUACCACGGAUGAGAACUUGAUGCGAGACCACUCGCUCUCUGGGUGGACGGAUUCGCGAUUGCACAUCGUCAAUCCCGAUGAGAAGGCCUCCAAGUCUUUGAUCAUCACCAAUGUGGACUCGGAGAUUUUUGACAACCCCGUUGCUAAGGAAAUGUUCGAAAAGUUGUUCACGGAGUAUGAUGAUGAUGUCAUAUUUCAUUAUUUAAAAAGCUUCGGACGCGUUAGGAUCGAUCUAUCUUCAGCCAAAGCAGCUUCCAACGCUAAAGAAAGAUCACAUAAUCUCGUUAUUUGUGGAAAAGUUAUCAAUUGCUAUUUCCUCCAAGUCUUUUGUCCAUUCCCAUUGGGGGAUCCUUUCCUUCACGUCCCGCCAUUGGAGAAGCAAUUUUUAAUAUCCCCACCAGCAAGCCCUCCUGUCGGAUGGGAACAACCAAAGGAAGACAAACCUAUUGUUAAUUAUGACCUCCUUACGGCGAUGGCUGAAUUAGGUCCAGGUCAAAGACAUGAGCUCCAUCCCAAAAAAGAAGUGAAGUUGUUGGGAAAAAGUGUUUCUACGCCAUCAAUCGUGGUUCAUAUCGCAGAAGAUGAGGCUCUUGAGGCAAAUUCUCCCGGUGCCAUGUUUUCUAGAAAAAUUACUCAGACUAGAUGUCCCAAUCGGCAAAAUUCCCUGAAAUAAACGUCACUUUUUGUUAAUUUUA